AUGUCGCACCACAAGAGGCCUUGGGACAAUAUCCCCACUGUGACCAACCCAUCCGGAGUUGCUCGUGCUAAAAGGAGAGCCGUUUCGCGUCUCAGCGUUCACUCAAUCCUCAAUGACGCAAGCGACGACGACGACUCGGAUCAGGACAUAACCAGCGUUACAGUAGAAUCCACCUCUACAGCCUUAAGCGAGGUGUGCAGCGCACUGAGUGCAUCUUCAUCUCCACGGAAAACUACAAGCCCAGCAUUUGGCCAGUCAGGCAGUGUGUCAGGAAAUGUUGGAGAACAAUGGCCCAGUAGGAGAGGGAUAUGUUUUGGGAUGCUCCUCGACGGCAGGAUGAAAUCGUUGCAAAGAAGUGGGCAGAGUCAUGACAUUCUGAGCUCAGCACUGGAGAAUCACGUCGCGCUCAGACUGCGAUUCAGACACAACUCGACUACAGUAAUACUACAUCCCUUGGAAGAGAUUGGAGUACUCGACAACAAGACGGCUGCGGCACUGAAUUCACUGAAAGAUAUUGCGCCGACUAUCACAUUUGAGCUUUUUUUGGAUCGCGAGGAAGACCAAGAUAGCUCCGGUCGGCAGGGAAAGAAGGCAGCAUCCAUUCGUCCUCUUCAGAUCCAGAUCUAUGGGCCUGAUGAAUACUACAACAAUGUCGGUUCGGCGUUGUCGAACGCUGGCAUGUAUCUACAAGAGCCAGGCUUUCUUGAUCAUGGGACAGGAUACCGAAACCCUCAUUUCCUCUCCUGGGAUAACAAUCCAGAGACACCUUUGCUCAAUAGGGCACGGAACGAUCCUAAGGCCGACUUCACAGCCAAAAUCGAAGCAAUAAUGGAGUCUUUCAACCCCGCGCUGCAGGCCUCUCAUGUGAAACAAGACGCCCGGAUCUUUACGAUUCUUCGGAACCAUCAACUGAGUGCCCUAGAAUUCAUGCUCACUCGAGAAGAUGAACACCAGAAUACCUUGUCACUGUGGAAGCCAUACAAUGUCAACAACAGAAAUGGGUUCACCCAUACAAUCACACAGGAGAAGCGAUCCAUAAAGCCAGGGGAAUGUCGUGGCGGUAUCCUUGCAGAUGAAAUGGGAAUGGGUAAAUCACUCACACUCAUUGCACUUAUGAUGCAUACUCUAGACGUUGCGCGCUCUUCUGGACAAGGCCGGAAACAAGGCUCUGUUCAAGUGGAGAGAGGCGAAGCGGCCCCAGCGCCAACACUUAUCAUUGCACCAAAGUCAACUUUAUAUAGCUGGGAGCUGGAGAUCGAAAGACAUACUUCUUCCCAUCUCGAAGUUUAUGUAUAUCAUGGGCAACGAACCACCAUUGAUCAUGGAAGCCUCGCGAACUACGAUGUGGUUCUCACGAGCUACGAAACAGUCUUGUCUGACGCAAAUAGAUCGAGGAAUCUGCAAGCUACAUUCUGGUUUCGUAUCGUCCUAGAUGAAGCUCACCAUAUACGAAACCGUACAAAUGCAUUUCAGGCCAUCAUAAAUCUUCAGACAGAACGAAGAUGGUGUCUUACGGGGACACCUGUCCACAAUGAUCUUAACGAUCUAUUCACGCUUACUGAGUUCUUAAGAUUUCAUCCCGUCGAGAAUCGCCAGAACGCACGUCGCUGGGUCUUGGACCCCUUAGAAACCAAGGAAGACUACGCAAUAGAAAACCUUCGGCUCCUCGUGGGGACUGUGGCUCUGAGAAGAUCUAGGAAUUCUGAGAUGAAACAUGUCCGAUCCGACGUUGAAGUGGCUGUUACUCUUUCUCACACCGAACGGCAGCAGUAUGACUCAAUCCGCACCAGGGCACGAAACAUCGUUGCCAGCGUUGAGAAGACAACGCCCGCCCACAACUUGUUAUCCUGCAUACUUCAAAUGAGGCAGGUUUGCAGCCAUGGACUACAUGAGCGAGGCUCCAGGCCAGAACCUGCAGAUGCACGAGUACCUGUGUCCAGCAACACCGUCUGCAACAAAUGCUUAGAGCUUUUGCCCGGUGAUCUGAUACACAACUCAAGCUUAGCUGAGAGCGGCGAAUCAAGAUACUGCCCAGAAUGUGCUGCGGAAGAAAGCAGCACUCUAUGCCUAAACACUGGCUCAUUCUCGUUACAAAGCCGUGUUUGCUGGGAUACAAGUACCCCCAAACCCUGGACGGGCGUUGGCGUCACUGAUGUUCCUGGUGAUGAUGAUGGCGGCGACAUAGAUCUCAAUGCAUCCACAGUAUCAAGACCGGGAUGGUCCUCGAAGAUUGACAGCGUGGUCAAUAAUCUUGUCCAGCUUGAGCAAAGGCGACACCCUGAUGCAAAACCCAUCAAAAGUCUCGUUUUCUCGUUCUGGACCAGGACUUUGGAUUCUCUGGCAUGCGCCUUAUCAAGUCGCAACAUGGCAUCCGCACGUAUCGAUGGCAGCUUGGGUCUUGACCAGAGAAGAAGAGCCAUAGAAAGAUUCCAAUCAGAGUCGGAUCUGAGGAUCAUGCUACUUUCUUUUGGAAGCGGCUCCGUGGGUCUGAACUUAACGGCUGCAACGCAUGUGCACCUUGUGGAACCUCAGUGGAACCCUAUGGUCGAGGCUCAGGCUGCUGCACGUGUCGAUAGACUUGAUCAAGAUAAAGAUGUGGUCAUCCUGCGCUAUAUCGUGAAAGACUCGAUCGAAGGGUCAGUCAAGGCUCGGCAAAGGCGCAAGCUUUGGCUUGCGAAGCUUUCUACCCCUUAUGCAACGACGGCCAUUGAGGCCAAUACGGUAGAUAGCUUGGAGGACUUGCAAUCGCUCAUAGAAUGA